UUGUUUAAGGCAUAAUAAUUAACUACAAAAACAAUCAGAUAUCAAAUUAUCGAUUUAUUUAUCUCGCUAGAAAUUAUCAGCUGAUUAAAUGUAGAAUUUUAUGAACCUGACUGUACUAAAACAGGUACCACUACCUGUAUCCGCCGUGUUUUGUUUUCACCCAUUGACGUGUCAAAAUGGCAAGAUAUUUUAAAGAGGAAGAUAUUGACGAGUUUAGGGAAUGUUUCUAUUUAUUUGCAAGAUCAGGGAACAUAAAAUCUCUGGAUGAACUCACUGUAAUCAUGAGAAGCCUUGGUUUAUCCCCAACAAUAUCGGAGUUGGCUGGUUAUAUAAAACAAAAGGGUGGUAAAAUGACGUUUGCGGAAUUUUUGGAGGUAAUGCAUAUACAUUCAAGGGUUGAGAACCUUCCAAAAGAGGUUGUGGAUGCUUUUAAGGCAGGGGAUUUAAAUAAUAAGGGUACAAUCCCUGCAAAACAGCUGAGACACAUGUUACAAAACUGGGGGGAAUGUUUGUCUUCGAAGGAAGUUGACAGAAUUUUCAGGGAAGCAAAUGUAAACAACAACAGCAUGGUUCGCUACGAGGAUUUCAUCAAAAUUUGUUGUGCGCCAGUCCCUGAUUAUUAUUAAUUAUACUAUAUUGUGUAAUCAUAAUCAAUGUACUUAAAAAUACUGUGUACACUCACCUUAACCUAUUUGUUUGUUGCACU